UUGAAAUCAACCACUUAUCAAUUAGUUCUGAUAACAACUCCCGCCGAAAUGAAGCUGCUUGUCCUCGCUCUGGUCGUUGUCGUAUCUUACCUGGUAGUGGCCGAGCCAUACCGUCACCAUCACCAUCACCACCAUGGGGGCCAGGGUGGUCCGAAUGGACCGUCACCCGCGCCACAACCACCGGUCAACGUAACCCAGCUGCUGCAGGACAUAUGGCAAGCCAUCACCAGUGCUAUCAACCACGCCCAGAACCAGAACUCAACGGUUUCCACCUCGAGCAAUUCGACGUCGUCUUCGGCGUCGUCGAGCAAUUCCACCAGCGAUGGACGUUAGGGCGAGGAUUGUGCUUUCGGACGAUUUCUAUAGAUUGAACAAUUGGGAACACACGGAAGCAAACGAAUCAAGAUUGGCAUAAUUUUUGGUACAAUUUGAAUUCUAUGCUUUAAAUAAAACACGAGUGCAUCAACUUUA